CCAGAGGUGACGCUGAGUGUGAGCCGUGUUAUAUUAUAUUCUUAUAAAUAUGACAUCAUUUAUUUUCACUGUAUGAAGCAAAAGAGGAUGAAGCUGAACUCGUCUGCUGUGUCUCACUUCACUCUGUCUGCCUACGUGGACACUGGACCCUGGAGAUAUUUCUUCUUCCUGAUUGUUCUGUGUUUGUACGUGUUGAUCGUUCUUUCCAACGUGUUGCUGGUUGCGGUGAUCUGUGUGAACAGAAGUCUUCAUGAACCCAUGUACCUGUUUCUGUGCAGCCUGUUUGUUAAUGAACUGUAUGGUAGUACAGGCUUGUUCCCCUUCCUGCUGCUUCACAUCCUGUCGGACUCUCACACCGUCGCUGCUCCGCUCUGCUUCCUGCAGAUCUUCUGUGUUUACACGUAUGGAAGUGUCCAGUUCACUAAUCUGGCCGUCAUGUCUUACGACCGCUACGUCGCCGUCUGUCGUCCUCUGCAGUAUAACUCACAUUUGACUCUCCAUAAUGUUGCCCUGCUGAUCGCUGUGGUCUGGUUUCCUCCGUUCGUUGCUGUCUUUGUGACGACGGCCCUGACGUCGUCUCUGCGUCUGUGUGGAAACGUCAUCAACAAAGUUUACUGUGAUAAUCACUCCGUCGUCAAACUGUCGUGUCACGAAGCCACAGUCAACAACGUGUACGAGCUGCUUGCUGCUUCUCCGACCGUCUGUCUCCCUGUGACUGUGAUUUUUUUCUCCUACAUCAAGAUCCUUAAAGUCUGUUUCUCAGGUUCUAACCAGACCAGACAAAAAGCCGUCGGCACCUGUUCACCUCACCUGGCGUCGCUGCUCAACUUCUCCUUCGGGGUUUGUUUUGAAGUUUUACAGAGCCGGUUCGACAUGAGCCAUUUUCCUAAUAUGCUGCGUGUUUUCUUAUCGUUGUACUUCCUGACGUGUCAGCCGCUGUUCAACCCGCUGAUGUACGGACUCAACAUGUCCAAGAUACGUAACAAGUGUAAAAGUCUGUUUUUAAGUUCGUCCAGUAGAUUUGCGCAGCUUGAAUAA